UCCCCGCCCUACCCGGGGCGGUCCGCCUCAGGGAGAGGGGCAGCUCCGUUUCAGGGACGGCGGGGACCCGCCGCCCCCUUAGGGGCCCGGGGCAGCGCCCCGGCCCCCGCCCGCCGGCGCUGCCGCUCCGGCCGAUGCGGGGAAGCAGCGCUAGCCGCCGCCCGCUCCCUCUCUCUCUUUCCCCGACCCCGGCGGGGACCCAGCGCCGCUGGCUCCGGACAGUGCCCCGCGCCCAGGGCCCGGGAAGGGCGGGCGGGGAGUGCCCGGGUGGCGGCUGUCUUCGGGCGUCCUUGUAGGAGACCCUUCCCCCUUCCAGCCCCACGCUGGAAGCUGCGACGGCGUCAGGGCUUUUGUUCCCGGUGCCCACCCCUCCCCACCCCCACUGUCGUGCCGUUCCUUGCCCGGCCCAAGUCCCGCUUGCCCAACUCGCCUCCGGCUGCUCUUUUUCCUUUAUUAUCCUCGUCGCAUCGGGAAGAUGCGCCUUCUCUCCCCGCCACCCACGGAAUCUCGCUGCGUCGGGAUUGAGCGAGGCUGAGCUCUGUGGGAGCACAGACACAAGGGAAGGAUGCCUGUGGUGUGGCCUACUCUUCUGGACCUCAGUAGGGAUGAGUGCAAGAGGAUCCUUCGCAAACUGGAACUGGAGGCCUAUGCAGGUGUCAUCAGUGCCUUACGUGCACAGGGAGACCUUACAAAAGAGAAGAAGGAUCUUCUUGGAGAACUCUCUAAAGUGCUUAGUAUUUCAACAGAGCGACAUCGUGCUGAAGUUCGGAGAGCAGUAAAUGAUGAACGACUAACAACAAUUGCACACAAUAUGUCUGGACCAAACAGCUCUUCUGAGUGGUCCAUAGAAGGUCGUCGACUGGUGCCACUGAUGCCACGACUGGUUCCACAAACAGCUUUUACUGUUACUGCCAACGCUGUUGCCAACGCAGCCAUUCAGCACAAUGCAUCUCUUCCAGUUCCUGCAGAAACUGGAAACAAAGAAGUGGUGGUUUGCUAUUCCUACACAAGUACCACUUCAACCCCAACAUCUACCCCUGUUCCAAGUGGCAGUGUAGCAACAGUGAAGUCCCCCAGACCUGCCAGUCCAGCCUCCAAUGUAGUCGUCUUGCCAAGUGGAAGUACUGUUUACGUCAAAAGUGUCAGCUGCUCAGAUGACGAUGAAAAGCCCCGCAAAAGACGGCGAACAAAUUCUUCUAGUUCUUCCCCUGUUCUCCUGAAAGAAGUCCCGAAGGCAGUGACUCCUGUCACUAAAACUAUCACAGUGCCUGUAAGUGGGAGCCCCAAAAUGAGUAAUAUAAUGCAGAGCAUUGCCAACUCCUUACCACCGCACAUGUCGCCUGUGAAAAUCACCUUCACUAAGCCCUCAACACAGACAACAAACACCACAACACAGAAGGUCAUAAUAGUAACCACCUCUCCAAGCUCAACUUUUGUACCCAACAUCCUUUCCAAGUCCCACAACUAUGCAGCAGUUACAAAACUUGUCCCAACAUCAGUCAUUGCCUCAACUACUCAAAAGCAGCCUGUGGUUAUCACUGCUUCCCAGUCCUCUGUGGGCAGCAGCAGCAGCUGCUCCACUCCCUCCUGCACUGCAAAUACUAUUGCUGUGACUGCUGUAGUGUCAUCCACACCGUCAGUGGUUAUGUCAACAGUAGCACAAGGUGUAUCUACAUCAGCAGUUAAAGUUGCCUCUACCAGACUACCUUCCCCAAAAGGUUUGGUUGGGAAUCCAACUCAGAUCUUAGCACAGUUUCCCAAACAGCAUCAGCAGUCUCCCAAACAGCAGCUGCACCAAGUCCAACAGGCCCAACAGCAGCAGCAACCGCAGCAGCAGCAGCUGGUGCCGUGUUCUGUAGCCCAGCAGCAGCCACAGCAAUCUCAGCUGCCAGCUGGCAUCAAGCCCACCAUUCAGAUCAAGCAGGAAUCAGGUGUUAAAAUAAUCACUCAACAGGUGCAGCCCAGUAAAAUCCUUCCCAAACCAGUUACAGCGACCUUGCCCAGCAGUAGCAAUUCACCCAUUAUGGUGGUUAGCAGUAAUGGGACUAUCAUGACAACUAAACUGGUCACUACUCCCACUGGAACUCAAGCAACAUAUACACGGCCAACGGUGAGCCCAUCUCUGGGAGCUCGGAUGGCUGGAACUCCAGGGGCUGCUACUUACGUGAAAACUACAAGUGGUAGCAUCAUUACCGUAGUACCAAAAUCACUGGCUACUCUAGGAGGAAAGAUCAUCAGCAGUAAUAUUGUUUCUGGAACUACGACCAAAAUCACUACAAUUCCAAUGACAUCAAAACCCAAUGUGAUUGUUGUGCAAAAAACUACUGGAAAAGGAACGACAAUUCAAGGGCUUCCUGGCAAAAAUGUUGUCACGACACUGUUGAAUGCUGGGGGGGAGAAAACUAUUCAGGCAGUGCCAGCAGGAGCAAAACCUGCUAUCAUCACUGCCACAAGACCCAUCACAAAAAUGAUUGUUACACAGCCAAAAGGAAUAGGGUCCACGGUCCAGCCAGCCACCAAAAUCAUCCCAACUAAAAUUGUUUAUGGUCAACAAGGGAAAACACAGGUCCUCAUAAAACCAAAGCCAGUGACAUUUCAAGCAACAGUUGUGAGUGAACAAACCAGACAGCUGGUCACUGAAACGUUACAGCAGGCUUCAAGGGUAGCAGAGACAGGAAACUCAUCUCUCCCAGAAGUGAAAGAAGAACCACAAACCUACACUGACAGUAGUUCUUCUUCUACAGAGUCUUCCCAGAGCUCUCAAGGUCUGUGUUGGUGUCACAUAAUGUAUGAGUGGACUGUCUUCCAAGCAUGCCAGCUUGCUCCAGAGAGCUCCGUGUCUCCUUUUUGCACAGAUUCUCAGCCUGUAGUCCAUGUGAUUGCUUCAAGAAGUCAAGAUUGGUCAGAACAUGAAAUUCCUGUGGACACAAACCCUACAAUAAUUUACCAGGACGUAUCCAGCGAAUCUCAGUCAGCUACUUCCACAAUAAAAGCUUUGCUGGAACUUCAGCAGACAACAGUAGUGAAGGAAAAGUUGGAAUCAAAGCCAAGGCAGCCUACCAUUGACUUGAGCCAAAUGGCUGUUCCAAUCCAGAUGACUCAAGAAAAGAGGCAUUCUCCAGAAAGUCCUUCAAUUGCUGUUGUAGAGUCAGAACUAGUGGCUGAAUAUAUCACAACUGACUCAGGAAGACAACACUGUAUUGGGUCACAUUCGGAAGAAUAUCUACACAACCAUAUAGUCAGUCAUCGGUCCCAGCCCCACCAGUCAUCUCAGCCCCAGAGGACUCUGGUGCAGCACGUGGCUCAGUCACAGACAGCAACGCAGACUUCUGUUGUGGUGAAAUCUAUUCCUGCAUCCUCCACUGGCGCCAUUACCCAUAUCAUGCAGCAGGCCUUAAGCAGUCACACUGCAUUUACCAAACACAGUGAACAACUUGGAACUGAGGAGGGAGAAGUGGAAGAGAUGGACACCUUAGAUCCUCAGACUGGCCUGUUUUACAGAUCUGCCCUGACGCAAUCGCAGGCACAAAAGCAGCAGAAACUGAGUCAGCCGCAGCUGGAACAGACUCAACUGCAAGUGAAAACUCUGCAGUGUUUCCAGACUAAGCAGAAGCAGACAAUCCACCUGCAGGCUGAUCAAAUCCAGCACAAACUCCCACAAAUGCCCCAACUUUCCAUAAGGCAUCAAAAGCUAACCCCCCUGCAGCAAGAGCAAGCACAGACCAAACCAGAUGCACAGCACCCCCCACAUCAUAUGAUGGCCAAAGAAAGGCAACUCCCUACCUUAGUGGCACAGCCACAGCAAACUGUAGUACAGGUGCUUGCAGUAAAAACCACGCAGCAGCUGCCCAAACUGCAACAGGCACCAACGGCACAAAAAAUCUACGUGCAACCCCAGCCCCCCCAGAGUCAAAUGCAGCUACCUGCCUCUUCAGAGAAACAGCCAGCAAGCCAGGCACCCACGGAGACAUCAGUAGCAGAUAUGUUGAGAGUGUCUAUGGUGGAAGCUCAGAUUGAUGCAAACAUAGAGCACACGAUAGUGGAUCCCCCAAACAAGGCCACGUCCACUAGUAAAGCUGCUAGUGAAGCAGAGUCGUCACCUUGUACCCAGGGCCCGAGGGUGGCUGCAGUAGGGAUGACGGCACCUUCCAUCCCCCAGCAACAGACACACACAGAAUCCAGCUCAAGUCCUCCUGCUGUUGGUCCUACUUUAACAGAGAGGAAACUCGAUGCACAAGGAAUACCUACAACAAACCAGUUCAUACACAUUCAGAAUAUAUCACAAAAGAAAGCUGAAGAGAGCUCAUCAGAAAUUGUUGUCCAGACUAUCCCUCACUAUCCCAUCCCUUGUCACUCCAGCUCCAAUGUGGUGGUGGAACCCAGCGGACUCCUGGAGCUCAACAACUUCACCAGUCAGCGCCUCGAUGAUGAGGAGACAGCAAUGGAGCAAGAUGUGGACAGUAGCACUGAGGAUGGCACUGAGCCCAGCCCCUCUCAAAGUUCUGUUGAACAAUCCUAAGGAAUAGAGACACUGGAGUGUACUUUAAAAUACCUUGGGAUUUUGAGCAUCCAAGAUGCCCUUCUAUUGUGAUGUCUUAGAGCACUUUGCCUAUUAGAAUUGUUCAUUGGACUCUUGAAGCCUCAGUAGGUUUUAACAAGACAGUAUUGCAAAAGCUGAAUCUUAAAAAUUGUUUUGGAAAAAAAGAAGAUGCAGGUACCAAUAUUUAGUAAACCUGUGACAGUGGAAUGUACUCCUGUUCAAAAACAAAUCUGUAAUGAAUUCUACAGCUUGUGCUGUUGAAGCCCUUGCCCAGAUACUGAAACAUCUUUAAGUGAAAAGAGAUCAUUAUUUUCCUGUGUCUUUUUAGCUGUUGAGCAAAACACCAUUAAAAAAGAAAACAUUUAAUAAAUAUUUUUCUUUUCAAAUAGCAUGUGAGAGAAAAAAUGUGUCUGACAGUGCUGGAAAAGCCCCAGGAAUUUUGGAAUGGGUUGGCUUUCUUGCAUUCCUGCUCACUUAAAAAUUUUUUUCAGAAGCUUAAAAUAUUUUUUUUUUUUUAAUUCUUACUGGUGAAUGUUUGGAAAUAAGCAAAACCGCUAACUGGUAGCAAAGUGGAUUUGCUAGUGGAGUUUUGUUUUCAUGCUUUGCAAGAAGUAGGGUCAUAGUAGAUGAGGCAUUUCUUUCUGCCAUAAGCAUACAAAAUGCUCAUCUACUCUAGUUAACCUCUGAUUAUUUAUUUAAAUACGAAAUUUAAAGUGAGGCAAGUUGUUGGAAAAAGUUCCUGUGAAACAGGCAGUUGUAUUAAUUCUAGUACAAACCAGGGAGAAGGAAGUACAUUUUGCUACUAAUCAGUUUUUCAAAAUUUUGGAUAAAUAGUUCAACAUCUUUCCAAGUUGAACUUGAGAAUUUAGAAGUGAGCUAAGAGUUCUGAAAAUCUGUAUUUUACUCUUACAUGCUGUUUUUAAAAUUGACCAUUUGGGGAGUUUAAAAGCUUAAAUGGGUAUACAAUGGUGGGUUUCCAAAUAUAGCCUUAUGCCUUGGCUUGUUGAAGCAAUACAUUGGGGUUUUGUGGUAGUUACAAGUCACAGAGAGCGGUUUGGGUUCAGAUGGGACAAGAGAACCAGUUUUAAUACAUUCUGGUAAUUGAGACAAUACUUUUUUUUUCAAAAUGUAUAUAAAACCAUGUUUUUAACUGUUUUGUAUAGAUUUCAUUAUAAAUAACUAAGCAUUUUAUGACUUUGACAUCAUUUAAUUGUAUAUAAAUGUAUAAGCCUAACUGCCCACAUUUUGGUGCUGAAGUACUGUAAGUAGGUUUCAUCCAAAAUCUAAUACAGUUUUUUGAGUCAGUC